CCCCACUCAUUAUCACCUGCAAGAUUAUCUGAUCUUUAGUGGUGCCUAGGUAGUUCAGCCACUGUCCUCUACCCUCGGUUAUCUCUCUUGUCAUAUUGAAAAGGAGUGCUCUCUUGACCGCUAAAGAGAACAAACAAACCCAGUGAUAGUAAUUUGAUUUUCGACUGCUCUCGAGAAGAAAACCGGGGGAUAACAUUCGAUUGCGGUGCUGUAUACUGAUCGGGUAUUUUCCCCGGUGUGGCAGUAUACCCUCUGGUAGUCGAGUCGCUAGAUUACCUCGCUAGCACAAAGCAAAUCACGCAAGCAAGCCACAUCACGACAAAUCCCGGAGUUAGAAAGGAAUGCCUCUCUUCGCGUUUGGGUCGAAUGGCUCCGGCCAAUUGGGGCUGGGGCAUGAGGAGGAUGUCUCACUGCCGGUAAGAUGUGUUUUCGAGGUUGCGGAGGAUGCAGCGCCUGGAGAUGAGGGUACCCCGAAAGGAGGCGAUGUGGUUCGUAUCGUGGCCGGGGGAAAUCAUACUUUGGUGGCGGAUCGGGGGGGCAGGGUCUUUGCAGCGGGGUGGAAUGGGGAUGGGCGGUGUGGGGUAUCUUCGAAGGAACAUGGAGGCCAGGGGGAGGGGGAGAUGGCGAUGCGGUUUAGGAGAGUGGUUGUUGUUGUUGGUGAUUUUGGGGGUGGUGCGGGUGAUGCAGGUGGUGGUGGUGGUGGUCAGGUCUAUGAUACGUUCACGGGGGUGGCUGCUUCGUGGGAGGGGACGGUUUUGGUCGCUUCUGGUUUAGAGAAGGAGGAGGAGGGACAGGAGAGCAGGGAUCGAGUGUUUGUGUUGGGAUCGGGAUUGAAAGGGGAAUUGGGAUUGGGGAAGGGCUGUCUCCGCGCGAGUGCGGGCGGCGUCGCGAUUCCGGAUUUCCCGCCUCCCGGGGUAAGGGUGCGCGCGGUUGCGAGUGGGAUGGCCCACACGGUGGUGGUGCUUUCCGAUGGGAGCGUGUGGGGUUGGGGCGCGGCGAGAAAGGGCCAGUUGGGGGAAGCGAAUAUCCCUGACAAGGUGGUCUGGAGUCCCCGGAGGAUUGAGGGGUGGGAGGGGCUGGGGUUCCCGGCGACCGGGGCGGCGUGUGGGCGGGAGUUUACGGUGAUCAUGGGCGAUCCUGCUAGGGGGGAGUUCGCCGUGCUGGGCGCGGUGGAUGAUAAGUGGGGGAUUCGCUCGGGGGUGUCUGCGUCCCAGGUGAAGGAGAAGGCACUACGCGCGGGCGGCUAUCGGGCCAUCGAGGUCAGUUGGCAUGGCGUUUAUGUACAUUUGAACAAUGGGGAGGUGGUGGCCUGGGGCAGGAAUGAUCGCGGACAGAUUCCAUCAUCGACCAGUACCGGUGACUUGGGGCACGGCCAGGUGGUGAGGGACCUGGCGGUGGGGAGCGAGCAUCUUCUUGCUCGGUUGGAUGAGCGCACGGUUGUGGCCUGUGGCUGGGGCGAGCAUGGGAACUGUGGUCCCGAUACUGAUGCGCAGGGUAAUGUCAAGGGGGGGUGGAAACGGAUUUCCCUGCCAGAUGGCGAGUCCGAUAUUGUGGGCGUUGGCGCCGGUUGCGCGACAAGCUGGAUCAUUACUGCCUAAUGUUGGCUCCGACGCGGUUGUGGGAACCUUCAGGUGGCCAUUAUUUGGCGCGGCGAUGCUUGAUUGCUUAAUCGAACAGACCAAGGCCAUGGAGCUGACGGUAUUAGUUUCCUCGUCAAUUUCAUGUGGACAGGGCACUUAAAGUCACCUGUGAUAUGCGCUGGGUGGGCGGGAUGCCCGUCUCCUCCUCUUGGCCUAUUUCGGCGGCCUCCGACUCCUCGUUGGGCACCCGUGUCCCCAAGCUGGCGGUGAAAGUGUCCUUUGUUAUCAAGUCAGUAACCAGCUGCCAAUGGAAGACGGUUAAUGCUGGGAGUCGUACUUUGUCACCCGUGGCAUCCCAGCCAAGCUCGUCC